UUUGUCUCCUUCUGUCUCCUGCCAUUUUUCCUGACAGACCUUUUGCGGUGGCCACAAAUCAGCAAGUGCAGAUCACCUGAACUGGAGACAUUUUCAUGUUAUUGGACUGACGGAAAUUUUUAUAACCUCACAGCUCCAGGAACAAUACAACUAUUGUACAUGAAAAGGAAUGAUGAAGACUGGAAAGAAUGCCCUGAUUAUAUCACUGCAGGAGAAAAUAGCUGUUAUUUCAACACGUCCUACACCUCUAUUUGGAUACCGUAUUGUGUUAAGCUUGCCCAUAAAGAUGAAGUAUUUGAUGAAAAAUGUUUCAGCGUUGAUGAAAUAGUACUACCUGAUCCCCCUGUCCAUCUUAACUGGACUCUGCUAAAUACUAGUCAGACUGGGAUCCAUGGGGAUAUUCAAGUAAGAUGGGAUCCACCACCAACAGCAGAUGUUCAGAAGGGAUGGAUUACUCUGGAGUAUGAAUUGCAGUACAAAGAAGUUAAUGAGACAAAAUGGAAGGAGUUAGAACCCAGGCUCUCCACAAUGGUUCCACUGUACUCUCUGAAGAUGGGAAGAGAUUAUGAGAUACGAGUCCGAUCAAGACAACGUACCUCCGAAAAAUUUGGGGAGUUCAGUGAAAUCCUAUAUGUAUCUUUUUCUCAAACAGGCAUUGAAUUUGUUCAUUGUACUGAAGAAAUUGAGUUUCCGUGGUUCUUAGUUGUUGUCUUCGGAGCAUGUGGGCUGGCCAUAACUGUGAUCUUAAUCCUGCUGUCCAAACAACCAAGGUUAAAAAUGCUGAUUUUUCCUCCUGUGCCAGUUCCAAAGAUUAAAGGGAUUGACCCAGAUCUCUUGAAGAAAGGAAAGCUGGAUGAAGUGAACUCCAUCUUAGCCAGCCAUGACAACUACAAGACCCAGCUGUACAAUGACGACUUGUGGGUUGAGUUUAUUGAGUUGGACAUAGAAGACCCUGAUGAAAAGAACAGAGUCUCGGAUACCAACAGGCUCCUGAGUGAGGAUCACCUGAAAUCACACAGUUGCUUGGGAGCGAAGGACGAUGAUUCCGGACGGGCCAGUUGUUGUGAACCAGAUAUUCCAGAGACAGACUUCAGUGCAAGCGACACAUGUGAUGCCAUCUCUGAUAUUGAUCAGUUCAAAAAGGUAGCUGAAAAAGAAGAGGAUCUCUUGUGCCUGGAUAGAAAAGAUACUGAUGAGUCCCUUCCAAGCCUUGCCGACACAGACGCCCAACAGCCGCCCGUGAGUACUCAGUCCGAAAACAGCCAGCCGUGGCCACCUUUGGCAGACGGCGUUGACUCAGCUAGCCCAUCGGUCCAGACCCAGCUGAGUAACCAGAAUUCACUGGCAAACACUGACUUUUACGCGCAAGUGAGCGACAUUACUCCAGCGGGCAGCGUUGUGCUUUCACCGGGGCAGAAAUCCAAGGUGGGGAGAGCAGAGUGUGAAGGCUGCACAGAACAAAACUUCACCAUGGACAACGCCUACUUCUGUGAGGCAGAUGUGAAAAAAUGCAUUGCUGUGACUUCCCACGAAGAGGAUGAGCCGCGUGUUCCGGAGCAGAGCUGUAACGAGGACGCUUACUUCACCACAGAGAGCCUUACCACUACCGGUGUCACUCUCGGAGCUUCAACAGCAGAAACCCCAGGUUCGGAGGUGCCUGUCCCGGACUAUACAUCUAUUCAUAUCGUUCACUCUCCACAGGGCCUCGUGCUCAACGCGACUGCGCUGCCUGUGCCAGACAAGGAAUUCAACGUGUCGUGUGGCUAUGUGAGCGCCGACCAGCUGAACAAAAUCAUGCCGUAGCUCUUCUUGGACUAGGAGUGCGCAGUAUUUCACAGCAGAGAGUCACCUCCGGCUUGUAUGCUGAAACCAAAAUGAAGUCUAAAAGUUUCUCAUGGUUCUUAUAAUUUUAUCUGAAAUGUUGCGACAUAAAAUAUUCAUCAAAAUAUUCCUAUUGUGUUCUGUAAAUAUUAUCUAUGAAUUUGUCUCGAGACUGUUUUACUAGCAGUGACUGUCUUGUUCUUGUGGGUGUUGAUUUUUGUGAUACUCAACGUUGAAAUGACUAUGUUUAAUGUACAGUAAAUCAUGCAUUUUGAUAAAGCUAAAAAUCAGGUGGUUUAAAGUCUAAGAAUUUAGUAAAAAUUGUGCUGUUGGCAGAGAUCUUUAUAUCAGUAGUUGAGAACUGAACAUACAGGUGAAAUGCAAAACUAGCUUGAAUAAAUAACACAUCUAUUUUGGUUUAUAUAAAUUAAGAAAAUAUAUUUUAAUAUUUUGGUC